UCUCACGCCCACCAGGCAUGUUUUUGGAGCCAGAUUUCGAUGUUUUUUUUAAGCCCGGUGAGACUGUACAGCUGCCGUGUGUUGCUGCUGGAGACCCUCGGCCUGAGUACCACUGGAAGAGAAACGAGAUUGAGUUCAACCCAAGUGGCAACGAUGCCAGGGUGGUCCAGCUGCCGAACGCUGGCACGCUGGUCAUCAACAGUCCAGAAAACAAGGAUGAAGGAAUCUUCCAAUGUUUUGCCAAGAACCCUUAUGGCACGUCUGCCACAAAAAAGAUCAACUUGAGGCAGGCGAAACUGCAGAAUUUUGUGUUUGAAAGUCCUAAAACAUUUACACCUAAAGUGGGUGAGCCUUUCACUUUGCCAUGUGUCCCACCUGAGAGUGUCCCACCUCCCACAGUUUUCUGGGUCAACAGAUUAUCCACUGGAGGGAUCGAUGUGUUCAACUACAAUGAUCGUGUCUCCAUGGACAGAGAAUAUCGACUGAGGUUUGCAAAUGUUAGACAAGAAGAUUCAAUGAACGGAAUGCCCUACACCUGUGUGGCCAUGAAUAACUUCAUGAGACGGAAUUCACAAGGUCCUCUGUACAAAAUUGCACCCAUUGGAGGCAAAGCACAGUGGAUGCCAGUCAAGUACUUGUGGGCUGAUCAAGAUGACCGAUUUGGCCUUCGAGGAGAAACAUUCUCAGUCAAGUGCAUCUUUUCUGGCAAUCCCACUCCUGAUGUCCACUGGGAACGGACAGACAACAAGUCUCUCCCAGACCGUGCCCAAAUGAAGAGCUUUGCUCAGGAACUGGAGAUUUCUGACAUGCAGUUUGAAGAUGCUGGAGGCUACCAGUGCUGGGCGACUAAUGAAGUCAGUGGUGGUGGUCGUAUCUACAGGAUGUUCAAUAUUCGAGUCAACUCCAAGCCAUAUUUUGUUCAAGCGCCACAAGACAUGGAAGUUGGAGUGGGAGGUAAUGUAGAGUUUAGCUGUGUGGCUAUGGGCGUGCCUACCCCAGACAUUGAUUGGUACAUUGAUGGUGUUCCACUUAAAGAUCCCAGAAUCAAGAGUCCAAGAUUCAAGCGACCCGUGGAGAACAAGAUCUUUCUGGAGAAAGUUGAGCAGACGGAUCACAUGGUCAUCCAGUGUAAUGCCUCCAACAUCCAUGGAUAUGUCUUUGCGGAUGUCUACCUCAAUGUUCUGGCUGAAUCGCCAACCAUCAUCACCCCUCCUAAAGUCAGGAAAGUUGCAGCAGAAGCCACAGCUGUUAAUCUCACCUGUCGUACAACUGGCAAGCCAGAUCCCAUCAUCACCUGGUACAAAGAUGGAGAGCAGAUAACGGGAGGCCGUUACACCAUUGCCAAAUCUGGAGACCUCAAGAUACGGACUUUGGUCCUGGCCGACUCAGGGUUGUUUAAAUGUGAGGCCAGGAAUAUGUUCAAUACCACAUCUGCUUCUGGCACUCUGAUCGUCCGACGGAAAACUAGAAUUGAGUACAUGCCCCUUGACCUGGAGGUGAAUGCUGGGAAGGAAGCAAAGUUCACAUGUUCUGGUACAACCGAUCCUGAGGAGAUUCUGACUAAUGAGCAAAGAACGUUUGAGAACAGACAGGACAACUCACUGACCAUCAGUGGUACCAUACAGAGGGAUUCUGGGACUUACACCUGCAUCGCCACUAAUGGACUGGACAAUCAUACAGCAUCUGCUGUGCUUAUUGUCAGGGAUCGGCCAGACCCUCCGACAGAUGUGACCUUGGAGUGGUGUAAUAUAAAUGCAACCAUCAAUUGGAUGCCAGGAAGUUUCAACAAUGCUCCAGUUCAGUAUUUUGUGGUUCAGUACAACACUUCAUUCAGCCCUGACCAGUGGCAUUUUGGACUGAAG